CCUGGUUUUACAAAUACUGUUCACUGUCACAUAUGUGGAUAUUAGAGACACGUAUACUUGUGCGUGGGUGGGUGGGGUAACACAAAGUUAAACAAUUAUGGUUGCCUAGCUCAUAAAAAUUGGUGAAAGUUAAGCGUUUUUCUGUUGUUGAGCUCCAGAAAUCAGCAUUGGACAUUGCAAUGGAAUCGUCAACACGAUACUGAAAAACCUCCGUGUUGUUUCAGCAUGCUUUUUGGUUGUGCAUACGGUUCAAUAUCUGCAUCCUGUUGUGCUUCACUGCUUCCUGUGUCACUGCAUUACGGGCAAAUUCUUUAAACAUAUUAAGCGGCCUAUCUCUCUCUUUGCUAGAGUUUUCGUGUUAAACAUGUUAUAGUUGUAACUUCUUGUUGCUCUUCCCUGCACAAAGAUACAUAGAAUAGAACAAUGGAACAUGUCUAAAUCUCUUCACGCUUUGAAGGAUCAGGAGGCCACUGGUUGGGACUGGGGAGGGGAGGUCCCGGAGGUGGAAGGGGCUGUUUCAUAAAGGUGGUGGAGGAACGUUGAGAGAGAGGAAUGCCUGUUGGCAUUCGAUUGUGGCAGUGAAUGGUGCUGCUCUAUUUUGUUUUCUCUCGGGACACUUGUGAUGUGUUCUGGGACCUUAACUGGGCUGAACCAGGGCACCAGGGAACAGCAGGCCGAUUUGAUGUGCUUGAUGGAACAAGCUUUAAAGUUAUAGUAGAAGAUGAAGAACAAGUAGAGCUCUCAUUCACGAGGCCGUGGGACCCCUCGCUUCAGGCUGACCACUCCCCCUUAAACAUUGACAAAAGGUUUAUAAUGCUUCGUGGUUCCUCAGGAUUCUAUUCCUAUGCCAUUUACGAACACUCAAAGGAGAUGCCUGCUUUCAACCUCUAUGAAACUAGGAUUGUUUUCAUGCUCAAAAUAGACACGUUUCACUACAUGGCAAUAGCAGAUAAUAGGCAAAGAUUCAUGCCCUUGCCGGAUGACCGGUUACCUGGUAGAGGUGAAGAACUGGCCUACAAAGAGGCAGUCCUACUUGUUGAUCCUAUUGAGCCAGAAUUUAAAGGCGAGGUAGAUGACAAGUAUCAGUACUCUUGUGAGAACAAAGAUAACCGGGUUCAUGGCUGGAUAUGCUUUGACCCGCCCGUGGGUUUCUGGCAAAUCAGUCCCAGCAAUGAGUUCAGAACUGGGGGGCCAACCAAACAGGACCUUACCUCCCAUGUUAAUCCAACCACCCUUGCUAUGUUUGUAAGUGCCCAUUAUGGGGGAGAGGAUUUGUCACUCCAAUUCGAAUCCGGGGAGCCGUGGAAGAAAGUCUUUGGACCAGUUUUCAUCUGUCUUAAUUCUGUUUCAGAUCGAAACAAAGCGCUCUCUCUUUGGGACAAUGCUAAAGAACAGAUGGAGGUUGAAACCCAAAGCUGGCCAUAUGGGUUCCCAAAUUCAGAGGACUUUCCAGGAUCUGAUGAAAGGGGUACUCUCACUGGAAGAUUGCUAGUCUAUGAUAGGUAUAUCAGCGAGCAACCUCUACCCGCAAUCGGUGCUUACGUGGGGUUAGCCCUGCCAGGAGAAACUGGAUCAUGGCAAAGAGAAAGCAAGGGCUACCAAUUCUGGACCACGGUGGAUGAAAAAGGCUAUUUUGGAAUCAAGAAUGUACGAACAGGCGAUUACAAUCUCUAUGCAUGGGUACCGGGUUUUGUUGGAGAUUACCACCGUGAUGUUUCCAUCAGCAUAACCUCAGGUUGUGAAGUAGAUUUGGGUAAUCUGGUAUACGAGCCUCCAAGAGAUGGGCCAACUCUGUGGGAAAUUGGCAUUCCUGAUCGCUCAGCUGCAGAGUUCCACAUUCCUGAUCCUAACCCAAAAUACGUAAACAGACUCUAUCUCAAUCAUCCUGACAGGUUUAGGCAGUAUGGUUUGUGGGAAAGAUAUGCAGAUUUAUACCCCAAUGGCGAUUUAGUCUAUACGGUCGGUGAAAGUGAUUUUCGAAAAGAUUGGUUCUUUGCUCACGUGAACAGGAAAACUGGUGAUGGUGCAUAUGAAGCAACUACAUGGCAGAUCAAGUUUCAACUAAAAGAUCUGUAUGAGGGUGGAACUUACAGUCUGCGGCUGGCUCUUGCCUCUGCCCAACAAUCUGUUUUAGAGGUUCGAGUCAACGACCCACAAGCCAAUCCUCCUCAAUUUUCAAGUGGAUUGGUUGGAAAGGACAAUGCAAUUGCAAGGCAUGGGAUUCAUGGGCUCUGUUACUUGUUCAAUGUGGACAUACCCAGUGCUCAACUUACCGAAGGUGAUAAUACCAUAUUUCUUACCCAAACAAGGAACACUAGCCCUUUUUAUGGGAUCAUGUAUGACUAUAUUCGGUUAGAAGCCCCUCCAGUUUCUAAUUCCUGAAACGACCUUCAUUUUUUCACAUGUAUGUUUAAAUUCCAAUUAUCUCUCUGAGUUGUUUGGAAUUACUACCAAUUUCAAUGAGCUAUAAAUUCCAAUUCUCUCUCUGAGUUGUUGGGAAUCGUUACCGAAGAUUUACCUAGGGGUUUAAGAAUCU